CUACACCGGAACGGUAGCGCUGCAGCCGCAGUCUGUUCGUACGCCUCAAACCAGGCAGAUGUGGGUCGACGCAAGUGAACAAGGAAGCAAACGCUGCUAACCCGCAAGUUUUACAAUCCGACCAGCCCAAACCGCACCAUCUGCUGCCAGUGGUGUAGUGGUGUGGUGCGCUUUUAAGUGUCCUGUGUGAGUGAGUGAGUUGCGUGCGUGUGUGUGUGUGUGCCUGUGUUUGUGUGUUUGUGUCCGUGCCUCUCAGUGUAUUUUUGUGUGUGAGUGUGUGUGUAUAUGUGGGCGAACGUGCUUCUUGGUGUCCUUUUUGUGCACGUGUGCUGUAUGUGCGGAGAUUUUGUGCAACUUUGAGAAAGCCGAAAAUCGCGACAAACGACAAAACGACUGCAACCAAGCCAAUCUAGCAGCAGCAACCACAACAACAACAAACACUCACCAAAACGAGUUUACCAAUCAAACCAAUAACCAAAUUCGCUCUCAACGCCCGGCAAAGAUGGAGAUGUUCGAGAAGGGAAGCGUUAUCUACAUUACGCGUAGCGAUGGUCGGAUCCACACGGCGAUCGUGUCACGGUUCCACGAGGACACACGCUCCGUCACGGUGGAAUGGUACGAGCGGGGCGAAUCGAAAGGCAAGGAGAUCGAGAUCGACAUGCUGCUCGAGCUGAACAGAACGAUGCAGCUGCAGCAAGACCUGCACCACCAGCAGCACCAUCAGCACCAGCAGCACUACCAGCAGCAGCACGAGCCGGAACCGAAACCGACGGUGGAAGAGGCGAAGCAGCGAAAGAAAACGCCCGCGCCCGCGCCCGCUAACCUAGCACGCCGAUCGAGUUCCAUCGAGGACGAAGAGGAUACUUCCCAGCCAGAACAAACGAAUCCAACGCAAGCGAUCAUCCGAUACAACAACUAUCUAGGCCAACGGGGCGAUUCGGGCAAGGGCGCCAGCAUCCCGGCACCGUCCAACAUCAAUCGGGCCACCAUUCUACACACCGGGCCGACGCAGCGCUCGGAACAGUCCGGUACUGGACGCACCACCAAUGUUUCGUCCCGGAUCCUUGGUAACAGCAACAACACUGGACGUAGCACGAUGAUCAACAACCGCGCGGCCGAACAACCAGCGGAAACCAGAACGCAACCAAAGGCGCUGGGCAAAACGAGCAUCGCCACCGGCCAGCAGCAGACGACCGCACCGGCAGCAGGGGCAGCGGCGGCGGCCGCCCCCGCCUCGGCAGUCGCGAACGCGAACAAUGCUGUCGCCAACUCGAUCCCGCGCAAGUCGUCCUGCGUGGUGACGGUCGGCAUGAUGGAGGAGAACCGCAUCAAGCAGCGCGACAUGUUCAAGGUGAUGCGGGAGAAGAAGAACGCGCUGAUGAACCAGGACGGGGGCAACCCGAACUGGGAGUUUAUCAACAUGAUCCGCGAGUACCAGAGCACGAUCGACUUCCGGCCGCUGGUCCAGGGCCAGUCGGUCGAACAGCACCAGAUCACGGUGUGCGUCCGGAAGCGGCCGCUCAACCAGAACGAGCUGACGCGCAAGGAGGUGGACGUGGUGUGCAUACCGAACAAGGACACGGUGAUCGUGCACGAGCCGAAGGCGAAGGUCGACCUCACCAAGUACCUCGACAAUCAGAAGUUCCGCUUCGACUGUACGUUCGACGACAAGUGCUCGAACGAGAUGGUUUACAUGUACACCGCCAAACCGCUGGUGCAGGCAGUGUUCGAGGGUGCGAUGGCCACGUGCUUCGCCUACGGUCAGACCGGGUCGGGCAAGACGCACACGAUGGGCGGCACCUUUAACGGCAAGUCGCAGGACAGCAUGACCGGCAUCUACGCGCUGGCCACGCGGGACAUCUUCGAGCUGAUGCAGAGCCCCAAGUACCAGUCGAACAAUCUCGUCGUGUCGGCCAGCUUCUACGAGAUCUACUGUGGCAGUGUGUACGAUCUGCUCGCGAACAAGAACAAGGCGCGCGUGCUCGAGGAUGGCAAGAAGCAGGUGCAGGUGGUGGGGCUGACCGAGCGGGAGGUAAACUCGGUCGACGAGGUGCUGGCGAUCAUCAGCAGCGGCAGCAACCUGCGCACCUCCGGCCAGACCGCGGCCAACUCGAACUCAUCCCGCUCGCACGCCAUCUUCUCGCUCACGCUGCGCGUGCAGGGCAGCCCGAAGGUGCACGGCAAGUUCUCGUUCAUCGAUCUGGCCGGCAACGAGCGGGGCGCCGACACGGUGUCGGAAGACCGGCGCACCCGGUCGGAAAGCUCGGAGAUCAACAAAUCGCUGCUGUCGCUCAAGGAGUGCAUCCGGGCGCUCGGGCGCAAGCGGCACCUGCCCUACCGUGGCAGCGUGCUGACCAAGGUGCUGCGCGACUCGUUCGUCGGCAAGAACCUCCGCACGUGCAUGAUCGCGAUGAUUGCGCCCGGCAUGGCGUCCUGCGAGCACACGCUCAACACGCUCCGGUACGCGUACCGCGUCAAGGAGCUGGCGGUGGUCGAUCCGGACGACCGGGUCGACCCGGAGGAGGAUCUGAUCGAGUGCGACGAACCGUCGAACGGGGGCACGCACAACUUUAACGACCUGGAGCAGCUGCGCUCGCUCAACGAACAGGAAAUGACGAUGGAGUUGUACAAUCAGCAUAAGGCCAUAUCGGAUUUGCAGCAGAAGGAGGAGGAGGUGCUGGAUAAUCAUCAGCGGGUGAACGAGUUUCUGGAAAAAUUCUUGCCCGAAGCGAAGGAGCUGUACAACUUCACGAACCUGGUAGACUACGAUCAGGACGCCUACUGCAAGCGCGGAGAGGAGCUAUUCGCACAGCUAGCCGAAGUUGCCAACGCGUUCAAGGAACUAAUGUCCGAGUUCCGUACGAAGCUGUCGCAGGAGGAGAUGGUGUCACAAGCGGCCAAACUGAGCCAUCGCAAGUAAAAUCAGCAGCAGCAGCAGCAGAAGCAGCACUGGAAGAGAGGAGCUUGUUUUCAUGUUGUUCUAGAACUAGAAUUUAAACUGAUGUUACGUUUCAACGAGUCUCAAGCUUUGCGUGACAUGCUCUCCGUCCCUAUUCUCUCCUGAAACUCACGCCCCCAUUAUCAAAAUCAUUCAUUUUUCAAUAUCUACCCCCUGCACUGCGUGCCGCGCCCACCCCUCACAUCCUUCUCCCCCCCCCCCCCCCCCAUCCAUUAGGGAUUAGUUUUAUCUUCUUGUCUGAAUACAUAAUUUCUUCGCGUUUUCGGGACAUGGACGCGCCGCGCAUUAGUAGUGGUGGGUGGUAAAUUUGAAGAAAAAAAAAAAUCACAUUAACUAAUGCUAGCAAUGGAGUAUCCCUUACAACCAGCAGGUUCUGCGCGGCCAAGGACCACUGGGUGGCACACUAAAUCGCGCGUCGCGUAUUGUAACUCUACACACACACACACACACACACACACACACACACACACACACACACACACACACACACACACACACACACACACACACACACACAC